UUCCCCCUACGCUAUGCAUAUACUUGGAUGGAGUCGUGCAUUAGCAGUUCGUAAUAUAAGUCUCAUCAUGGCUUUACUUGCCAUAUUAGGAAUAAGUUCAGUAUUGCUGCUUAAGCUCUUUUCAAAUUGGUUUGGUGAUAGAUGCAUAUUCGUUGUUGGUAUGCUAAUAUUGUCAUCCGGGGUAUGUUUCUUUAUUCCAUUUGGAAACCAUCAUCUACGUAGACCUGCAAAUAUAACAGACAAUGAAGACGGCGGAGGCUGCCCGUGGCGUUACAAUUGGUGCAAUGACACGCCUAACAUGAUUCUUCCCUUCUUUUACCUCGCCAUGUCCAUGUUUGCUAUAGGCUACUCAAUUUCUCAAGUUAUACUUUACACAAUGUAUACUAAAAUUCUUGGACCACGGCCUCAGGGCCUCUAUAUGGGCUUCUUCACCGGGGUAGGCAGUAUUGGAAAGACUAUAGGUCCUCUGUUCGGAACUGCUGUGUACGUACAACACGGGGUACGCUGGGCAUUCGGUUCGCUCUCUAUAUUCAUUACAACUAUUCUUAUAUUAUGUGUACCAUUGUACUCUCGACUGCUGCCUUACCAUAUAAGAAAAAAGAAAAAGAACAGAUGUACAGAAGAACUGAAACUAAUAAACAAAAACAGAUGAUUUUGGGCAAUAUUAUCUUUAGCGGGUUUAUUAUACUUAACGUGUACUUAAUAGUCCUACUAUAUUAUAAUGGAAAUAUUUUCUAUCGGAAACAUCAUUGUCCAAUGAUUCCGAAGCUGUAGGCUAAUGGACACGAGCAAGACUGCAGUCAAAUAUUUCACGUCAUCCUGUCUAGAAGUAAUACAGAACAACAAUUAGUGAUGUAAUAUUAAAUAGGUCAAUAGAUCCAUCAACUUUAUUUCGGAAAAAAUGUAUACAGUAUACAUUGUCAGAGUGCUGUUUGCCUGUCGAUUGCCUUUGAUGGUUCUGUUACUAUGGUUGAAGAUUGUUAUAUCAAUUUCAGUCCUAAUGAGGAAGGAGUUUUAAGUGAAAGUUAAAUGCCGGAAUAACGAUUAUUUAAAGUGACGCAUCGAUUUCAUUAUGAAAACACUUGUGUAUGAAUGCUAAUUACUGUAGGCCUAAUGAGCGAAUGUUAAUGAACUAACCUACAAAUCUACAUAUUUUAACCUAUAAAAAGUAUAUUUAGGUUAUGUCUAACAAUUGAUUUAUACUAUUAUAUAUAAAUAUUAUUAUUAACUAUUAUUACUUUAUUGCUAAAUACCGUAAAAUCUCGAAUUGGAGCCCAGUGGGCUCAAUCUCGAGAUGAAGCCCAUCUCGAAUUGAAGGCCCUCUUUAGUUUGCAAAAUUAGGCUCGAAAAGAAGCCCAUCGCGAAAAGAAGCCUAUGUACUUCUUUUCAAAAUAGCAUAG